AUGUUGCUUUGGAGGAUUGGGGUAAAUGUUCUUCCCACAAAAGAAAAUUUACUUAACCGCCUCCACGUAAGUGAUGCAUACUGCAUGUUCUGCAAGGAUAGCAUUGAAUCAUCAAGCCACCUUUUCUUCAACUGCCCUGCUUCUAGAUCAUUUUGGUUCGCUGUGUGUUGGGGUAUUAAAACAGAGGAUCUAGCUAUUUCCCUCCCUGAGGAUAUCAUCAAGGUCUGUCUGAACCCCCCAAAUUUCCCUUGCGAAGAUAUUGAAAAAGGGCAGGUACUUCUACGGAUGGUGUUUACAAUUGAAGAAAUUUGGAUGGCUAGGAACCGGGCACUUCAUCAAAAUUGCAGAUGGGAUGUUGCUUCAUCUAUUGGGAUGGUCCUGACCAAAUGCUCUGAGUUUUCCACAAUUCUAACUCCCCGCACAGAGCAUGUUACUCCUUCUCCAAUCCAAGCGUGGUCACCUCCACCGGAGGGUUGUAUAAAGAUCAACAUAGAUGCUGCCACAUCUGCUACGCAAGCUGCCAUUGCCGUGGUAGCCCGUGAUUACCGUGGAGUUCCUCUCAAAGUUUGGGCAAGGCUGAUUAAGAACACAAAUCCUCUCCAAGCUGAGACUGAAGCAUUGCUAUGGGCUGCCAAACUUGCCAAAGUGGAAAGAUGGACCAAGGUUUUAUUUGAAGGGGAUGCUAAGAUUUGUUUUGAUGCCAUCAACUCACUGAAUCAAUCUUAUCCCUGGUGCAUUCGGACCCAGCUUCUCAAUACUGUUACUUUGUCUGAUUGUUUUCUUUCUUGUUCUUUUGUUUGGGUUAGUAGGAACUGUAAUGGUGUUGCACACCAAGUAGCUAAUUUUUCUUUGCGUUCCAAGCUUGCUUUUGUGUUUUUGCUUGAUAAUCUGCCCCCUGCCUUGUUGGCUGUUUGUAAGGCAGAUUAUCCUUUUUGA